AUGAGUGCUCAAUUGUCAAUCGGGAACGAGUUAAAGGACUCGUACAAAACAACGUAUGGGUGGGUCUCAGCUAACAUUAAAUGGUUAAAGGAGAUCGAACAAUUCUAUUUACAAAGAGCAAGAAUAGAGAAAGAGUAUAGUGAGAAAUUGAAUGCCUUAACAUCAGAAUACCUUAAUAAGACAAGUUCGUCAACUGUUUUGCUCUCAGUCGGUGAAACUCCCACCGUUACACCUGGUUCUGUUGAAAUUGCAAGUGUCGUUACAUGGAAUGAUAUUCUUGCUCAAACAGAAUCUAUUUCAAAGGAUCAUGCUAAAUUAAGCAAUGACUUUGAGAAGACUGUUGCCGCCCAAGCAAAUGGAUUAAAUGUAAAAUUAGAUUUUACAUUGACAAAGAUAAAUGGAUUCAAUAACGAUCUUGAAGACAAAAAAAAGGGUGCUAAAAAUGAUUUGGAUAAAGCUAAGAAAGCUUACGAUGAUUCUUGUGAAAAUGUUGAAGUAGCAAGAAAUAAGUUAACUAAAAGUAAUAAUGAAAGAAAUAAGAGGAAGUUAGAAGAUAAACAAGUUGAUAUGAAUGUUGCAAAGAAUGAUUAUUUGAUCAAGAUUAAUCAAGCCAACAGAAUUAAGGAUAAAUAUUAUUUCCAGGAUGUUCCAGAAGUUGUUGAUUUGUUACAAGAUUUGAAUGAAUCUAAGAUCCUAUUGUUAAAUGAUAUUUGGAAAGCUGCUAAUGACAGUGAACUUCAAUUCGGUAAAAAUAUAAACGAUCGUCUUAUUAAAUCUAAUGACGUUAUUUCUCACAAUAAGCCAUCAUUAAGUACAGCUAUGUUUAUCAAACAUAACUUAAAAGGUUGGAAAGAGCCUAAGGAUUUUCAAUAUGUACCAUCUCCAAUAUGGCAUGAGGACGAAACUUUCACAGUUCCAUCUGAGAACGAAGUUCAGGAUUUACGGAUCAAAUUGAAACAGGCAGAGAAUGACUAUAAUAGACUGGACGAUCUAACUAAAUCUGAAUUAAGUAAAUUAUCAAGUUUUAAUAAAAUUAAACAAACUUUGAAAGAGGAUAUUGAAGCCAAUGGCAAUAAUGGCAACAACGGUCAAAAGUUUUAUGAAAAUCUAAAGAGCUAUCUUUCCGUUAUUUCAAGUUUUGUAUUGCAUGAAACCACCAAAUUACAAGCAGAAGUCACAGUGGAAAGUAUUCAAAAUAAUGUCCCUGAGGAAUAUGAUUUAUCAACAGAAAACAUUGAUCUAAACAAAUCAAAGAGAAAAUCUAGUGGUGGUUUGUUCUCUAAAUUUAAAGGUCUUAACAUUUUAAGUGACGUUAACAACGGUGGUAGUUCUCGCUCAUCAGGUGGAGGGCAUUCGAACGGGAUAUCAUUAUUUGGUGGUUCCCACAAUAAGAAGUCCAGUACCUCUAAUAAUAGUCAUGACGGUAACGAUAAGCCAGAUAAUGAGUCCAUGUUCAGUAGUGAAACUACUCACACUCAUACUACAACAAAAAGUAAGAAAAAAAGCUCUAGCAAUGCUGGUGGGAACGGUAAUAAAGUACUGUAUGCGUAUGAAGGACAAGAUAGUGAUGAAAUAUCCAUGUCUGUAGGUGAUCAAAUAGAAUUGAUAGCUGUAGAUUCUGGGUCUGGAUGGACUAAGAUCAAGAAUUUAUCUACCGGUGAUAGCGGUCUUGUUCCAACAUCUUAUGUACAUAUAAGUUCAGAAAAUAGAAAGGCGGCAUCUCCACCUAGUGUGCCACCUCCUAGACGUUCAGCUGUUCCGACAAGGACUUUAACAGCAACAUUUGCAUAUGAAGCUCAGGACUCUGAUGAAUUAAGUUUGUCCGCAGGUGAUGUUAUCACUGUGAUUAAAGGUGACGAUGGAAGUGGUUGGACAUAUGGUGAGGUUAAUGGUGAAAAGGGUUUGGUGCCUACAAGUUAUUGUAAAUGA